CAGCUUCCUCCUGACGUGGGCUCAGCCCCCAAUGUUUCCAGGUACAGGAAACGCCCCUGAUGACAGAAUGAGAUCAUUUUUACUGAAGCGCGUUGUAUCAAGUGAAACCUCCAUGUUUACUCUAAAUCUGAGUUUUGUUUGCUCCGAUGAACGUCACCCUGUUUGUUUCUCCCUGCCCGUCGCCUCCCUCACGAUGACGCACUGCAACUUCUGAGCUGCUCCCCAAAUCCUGACACUUCAGCCAAGUCGUCGCCAUUUUAUUAGGAGUCUAAUCCCUCACACCCCCACCUCCUCCACCCUCCCGACCCGACCGCCUGUUAUGAACGAACCGCAGUGAGAUCCCGAGCUGUGUUCUCCGUUUUAUCUCCUCCUCCGGCCACAUGAAAAUGGCCACGCAGCUGCAUUCCCGCACAUCCACCCAACCAACCAGCCCCUUCUCGCUCCCCCUUUUCUCUCCCUCUCUCUGACACACACACGCGCGCGCGCGCACACACACACACACACACACACACACACACACACACACACACACACACAGAGAGACGAGAGAGAGAGAAAGAGAGAGAGAGAACUGGCGGGAGCGGCGUAACUUUCCCCGACAGAAGUGGGCAAAAUAAGCUCCGGUGAGCGUCACCAGUCCGCCACCUAGCUGCGGAGCCGCGCCGACGGUGAUCUCUGAAAAAAACAGCCGCGCCAAUGUUGUUGCACAGCGGAGCUCUGCGCUCCGAUGGGAAUAAAACUGGCUUCCAGAUGGUGUUUUAACGUCCGCCGGCCGUAGUUGUGUAAUCAAAGCAACGUUUGGAUGCGCCAGAAUGAUCGUUGCUGCUGUUUGGAGCGAAGGGGAGAGCAGGACAGCGACACCUCCACCCUCCCUUGCUUCAGAAGAACGCAGUUGGCUCCGGGACGCGCUCCCUCUCGGAUUUACUCAGCCCAAGCCUUAAAGGAAAGAGAGACGUUCCCUCGCUAGAUGAAGGAAUUCAGCUGUUGUUGGACUGAUAAAGGGGACAUUUUUCAGAUCUACACCUGCAUUCUGUGGUUGACCUUUCACCCCAAAUACAAAACUGGACUUAUUUGUUAUACUGGGAACUCCAGACCACCCUGUUCCUCCCCCCGACUUCUCUGAUGGACCAGAGAGUGAAGGGGGGAACCCCGCCGUCCGCCGCCUCCGCUCUGGACGCCACUUCCGCACCCGAAGACUCCAAGCAGGACCAGGUGGCAGAGAAAAAGAGGAGAGGUGAUGAUGUGGGGAAGAAAGAGGAGGAAAAAAGAGGAGGAAAGAAGGAAGGAGAUAAGGGAGCGGUGCUGGAGUUGCUCAUCGAGGGGCGCUGCGGAGGCGUAGGGCAGCAGGAGCUCCAGAUCUCUGGCAGGGAUACGAGCUGCCCCGAAGGAAACCUACGAGUGCGUAUCGGAGUCCAGGCCAAGCGCACCAAAAAGCCACCCAAGAUUUUAGAGAGCUACGUGUGCAAACCCACCAUCAGGACCUACCAGAGGCAAAGCAGGGGGGGAGUGCUGCGGGCAGAAGGAGAAGGAAGAGCCAUCCAGUCGAGUAAAAGCAGCUCGACCACAGACGAAAACAGAGAACAGCGCGUGGGCUUGGACGCCGUCCAGGCCACAUGCAAAAAAUCAGCAUCUGCUUCUUCACCACCACUUACAUCAUCAUCAUCGUUGUCGUUAACACAACCUUCGGUGUUGUCUUCAACAGUUACUCCCGAGUCUAACCCAACUUCAGUCCCUGUUAUAACCAGCCAAGGGACCAAGGCCGCCAAACAGGUGCCCCUCAAGCUGGCCGAUAGGAUGGAGGAGAAAUCACACAGCUCAUCUGAGAGAGCGAAGAAGGACAAGCUUCCAAGUCUCAAUGGUCAGCCCGUCCCUGCAGGACCUAAAGCCUGCUCGCCCGCAGCAGACCAGACAGCUUCAACCGCUCGGGCCGCCACAAGCAACCAGACAGUCUCCACGUUGGAAACCAAGAAUGAAGGGAGCAGCUCCAAGAAACAUAAUGGUUUGGGUCAGGCUGCAAAACAGAAGGGACCAUCUGAUGGGAGAAGCUCUGCAAAUAUCCUUGUCAAUCCAACCUCAUGGAAAAACAAAGCUGGAAAACACAGCGACUCCUCUUCGGUUUCUUCCUCAGACCCCUCAGCAAAGCCUCCAGUCUCCUCGAGCUCACAGAAAGAGCUUUCCAGCAAGAGUAGGCCAGACUCGCCUCCCCAUCACCCAGUCUCCCCCAAAUCCCAGCCUUCCCCCAUUGGGGGACUCUCCCCCGGUCAACCCAAAGAUCAGGGCGCACCUCUGGAGCCCCCACCGGAGAAAAAGAGAGAAAGGGAGAAGAAAGCUAAGAAAGACAAGCGGAGAGAAAAGAAAUCAAAGCGAGAUAGACAGGAGGCUGAGCGAGAGGUGCCAGAGAGAGGAAAGGACGACGUAAAGAAAAAGAAAAAGGAGAAGGGGAGAGAUGGGAAAUCUAGACACGAGAGAGAAAAGGAUCAAAAACACAGAACUGAUGAUUCAUGGGAGGAUGAUUUAAAAACGGAGAGAGGAAAGGUGGAAAGGAGUGACAAGGUCGGUCCAGAUGGACAGAGGACGGAGGAUAAGAAUGCAAAAUGUGGUGAAACAGCUGCGAAACCAGAUAAAAGCUGUAAAACUGCGACUCUCAGUAGAAUAGACGAGAAGGAAAAGACGGCUGACAGUUGCAGGCCGGCUAAACAAGCCGAGCCCUCAGCAGCAACAACAGGUGAUUCCAAUAAAUCAAAAGAACAAGACAACGCAAGAUAUUCGGCCGUGCCUCCUCCCCCUCUGCUCCCGCCUUCUGCCCAUGUUCCCGUCCUGCCCCCCUCUUCACCCCAGGAGCAGGACAGCCGACCGCUCAAGAAGCGGAAAGCCAGAAGACCAAGCUGGACGAAGCUGGUGCACCGGGCCCACAGGAUGGAAAAUCAGGAAACCUCCUCAGAUUCCCCUCACAAUCCCUCGCUAAGUUUCCCGCAGGUCGCCAAGACGUCGUUUCCUGCCAAAAGUGCUGUUCAGCAGAGCGAUGAGUCACAGUCACCACCCUCUAGCUCCCGGUCUAACGGCUCCUCCCCUCUGUCUUCCGCUGUCAAACCUCCGACUCCAAAACAAACUCACCCCACAUCCGAUCCAGCCCCCUCUGCAUCCACGAUCUCUAUGAGCGCCGUACGGAAAAGGGGUCGUCCGAAAUCCCACAGCUUUAGUUUAGACGAGCCUCCUCCUCGACUUUCACCAAACGACAGACCGGCAGAGGAGCCUCCGUCGGGGUGUGACAGCGUUCAGAAAGCCCCUGUGCUGGAGCCAGUGCUGCAGUGCGCCUCUCAGGUGAGCUCCAGCCCCAGGAAGCGAGGCCGUCCUCCUAAAAGAGCCCUUCCCGAGGACGACGGUGAAGGUGGACCGGAUCACAUGGAGCACACAGAGAGGAGCAAAGACUUUCCUCCUCCUGAAAGGGGGGACCGGCAACUCAAGAUCAGGAGACUGAUCAAUGAGAUGAAGAAGAGAAAGAAGAGGAGACUUCACAAAGUGAUGAUGUCUGGUUACGUGAGGAAAGUGGGAAUGGGAAGCGAGGCAGCAGACGGUAAAGCCUCACUGAGAAUGUGCAAAUCGAUGGAGGCUACAACAGUUCACACUCUCGCAGACCUGUCCUCCUCGUUCGGGAGCAAGCUGGGACCUCAGAUCAACGUGAGCAAACGAGGAACCAUUUACAUGGGCAAGAGGCGAGGACGCAAGCCCAAAUCCCAAGUGGCCAACCAAAAUUCCGUCUCCCAGUUCUCCACUCAGUCAUCUUUAUUUUCCAGUCCCCCCGAAGCAUCGCUCUUCUCCACCAGCCAGCCUCCACCCUCUCACCCCUUUCCCUCUCCUUCUCUCACCCACUCCAGUGGAGCCCAUAGCCCGUACAGCGAGGGAAGCCUCACAGAGCCGUCACCCUCCCUCCUGUUUUCUCAUCACUUCUCUCUUCCUUCUCCAACGUCCUCCUGCACGUCCCCCCGUCCUCCUUCCUCCUCGUCCCUCUCCACCUUUGUGAGGAAGAGUUGUCCGUGUCAGGGAAGACAUCAGUUCCCCUUCCACCAGUCCACAUGUAAGCUGGCCUGCGCUACCCCUCCUCUGCACGCCACGCCCGGCUCUCCCAGCCACCUGAAAGAGGCCACGCCCUCCCCCAGGAGUGAGUCGCACAGCGACGAGACACUGCCAAGUGACAGCGGGAUCGGAACGGACAACAAUAGUGUUUGUGAGCGAGGGGAGAUGAGGGGAGCUCGAGGAAUACUUAGGUUCGGUCAAGGCUCGGGGAUGACUCUCGGUGGUCAAAGACUCCCUCCUUCUCCCAUCUCCUCCCCCGUUUCUCACAUGUCCAGACACUCAAAUGCGUUGAGCAGCUCAAAUUCAAUGGACAGGCACAGAGACAGACACAGGCACAGGCGUAGGGAUUACGACUGCUCCUCGUCCUGCACCUGCACAUGCCCUUGUCCCUGUCCAGGACACAGCAAGCCUGACUAUGUCCCCUGCCUCGGGCACGGCGCACUGAAGAGACAGAAGAAUAAGCAUAAGAAGAAGCACCAGCAGCUGCUCAUGCAGGAUCCAGAGUUUCUGGCCGAACUGGAGGAUCUGAUCGCUCAGUUCAGCAGCGUGCACAUCGGCCGGCGGAGCUGGGCGAGGGUGAGUGUGGGGCCGGGCCUUGACGGGAGCGCUGCAGGAGGAAGGCGACAUCACUCCUCCUCUCAUUCCCUCCGCUCCAACAUCUUCAGGAUCAAUCUGAACGGCUUCUACUCGCCUCACCCCUCACCCUUCUCUCCCGCCACGUCCUUCACCCCUCAGCCUUUCUAUCCGUGCCACUGCAACAGGAAGCUGGACAGCCGCAGGCAGUGCGGCUGCCCGUCGAAGUUCCAGGAAACCAUCGACAACAUGGGCUUUUACGGCAGCUAUCCUCCAGCACCACCAACACUCUACCACCACUUCCCCAGCUCCUACCCGCUCCCGCCCCCUCACCAGUACACCCCCCACCAGCCUCAUCACGCCCACUUCCUCCUCAACCCGGCCAGAUUCACAAGGCGGAGAAGCAGGCUGCUGCGUGAGGGAGCUUUAGGGGGAGAGGUGGAGGGAGAUUUAGGGGCAGGAGGAGGAGGAAGCUCAGGGUUCACUUCCAGCCUCUCCUGCGGGUGGGGGAGGAGCGAACACAAGCAUAAACACCGUCACAGGCACUGCGAGCGAAGCAUGGACGAUGACGAGGAGGAAGGUGGGAUGGAAGGAGAGGUGCUGGGGGGUUCUAAGCCAAGAUCGGGGUUCCUUUUGGGUCGAGUAGAAGAACGAAGGAAGGGUGUGAGAGGAAGCAUGCUGUCCAAGGAAUCACCGUGGUUACGCCAGAACGGCAACGAUCCUUUCUCCUCUCCAGCUUCCUCUUCAACAACUUCUUCAGCAGAGAGAUACAAAAACACUUCUCUCACCUCCCUGGGGCUCGGCUCCUCUCACCUGUCUUUGUUCGGAGGAGGCUGGGGUGGCCUGGGACAAAGCUGGGCCAAAUUUGGGAGUUUGGGAAGCUCGGGAUUUGGGAAACCCAGCUGGACGGGCUUCUCCGGGAACCAGCACGCCAGCAGACUGAUCGCAUCGGACGGCGAGGACGAAGACGGAGAAGAUGACGACGAGUCACACCUGUAUGGGACCUCGCUUUCCCCGACGCACACCAAUCUGUUCACCUCGGCUGCCAUGGCAACAGGGGGUAGGGGUCUGAGGAGCGGGUUGCUCAGUAGGAAUCUAGGAAGUAGAGAGGGGUCAUGGAGGAGGGACGAGCCAGCGUGGACAGAGAGGCGGGAAGCAGUGACUGCAGCGUUACAAGGUGACUCCAGAAGCCGAGGGCAGCAGAACGGCGUGCCAGCUCUGCGCGGUGCGGCAGUGAAAAACAAAAGAGGGCCAGGACGGCCCCGGAAGCACCCGCUGCCCUCCGCUGCAUCCUCCCCCGUGCGCUCCUCCACAACUUCGACCGUGUCUCCACCUGACCUGUUGCCAGCAAGCAGCCACGGCCGAGAUGGGAGGGAGGUGGGAGGAAGGACGGAGGGAACGGUGCCAGAGAGGGGGGGAGGAGGGGGAAGCAGCAUAACACAGCAGGUUGCAGAGCUGGAAUCCAGAAGGAGGAGAGGACGGAAAAGAAAACACGAUGACUCUCCCCAUCAUCAGAGUUUUGACUCCGAUCACCUCGAGUGCGACGCCCUGCCCGAGUUUCUCGGCCCGUCGGAUGCCGAUCCGGCUCCGGCCCAAACGGCGCCCGCCCAGACCGAGGAGGCGUCAGACGGUCCUCCCAGGAAGGUGUUUCUGAGAGCAGGCCUCUACUCUGAUGACUACAAAACCACAGAUCCUCCCUCACAAGCCAGCAGCGAGAAUCCGGAGUACGCGCCAGGGGAGCACGAGUACAGCCUUUUGCCUGCCCCCAUUCACGUUGGAAAGUACUUGAGACUGAAGCGAAUUAAUUUCCAGUUGCCGUACGAUGUGAUGUGGCUGUGGCAGAACAACCAGCUCUGCCGGCAGCCGGCGGUCCCCCUGAAGAGGACGCGGCGUUACCGUCGUCUGAAACAGAGGAGCGCUUCCUUCCAACAGACGGUGGAGGGCUCCAGUGACAUCGGCAGCUUGUUCCCUCAUCUUGACAUAGAGCCUCUGACCAGCACUGAGCGGGGCUUUGUGGUAAAACAUCACGUGUUCCUCGUCAGGAAUCUGGAGCUCAUGAGAGACCGACAGAUCCGAAUGAGGAUGGAAAGGGAGAGGGACAGAGAGGAAGAGGGAGAAGAAAGGGAAGAUGGAGCCAGUUGGGACGACAGCCACAUCAAGUCAGAUCACUUAGUGGGGGCGGAGGUGACGGUAAUCAGCAGUGACCCCCACCACCAAAGUCAGGACACCUCCAGCGUGCUCACUGCAAGCCCCAGUCUCAGCAAAAUCCAGAACAGACACGAGGAGGAGGAGGAGGAG